AUGAAAGAGUACCGAGCAGCGUAUUGCCCCUACCCUCCCCCGCUACUGCCGUCGACCGGACAUACCGCGUAUGGUGAACCCUCCCAUGGUUCUACCCACCUGCCGGGCGAGGCUCACCGUCGCGCCGAGAGCGAGCAUGGUCACUCUCACCAUUCCCAUCGCUCUUACUCUCGGCCUGUUGGCUAUCAACACGGUAGCAGAGUUCCCGCAGGAUCCUAUUCAGUUCCGGCUUAUAACUACCCCUUGAACUAUGACCAAGGGAAUAAUCACCAUUCACAGUACAAUACAGCCACGCCGACGUACUAUUCUCGGGGGAAUCCCCACUCUUCGGGUCGUCAUCACUAUGCCUCUUCAACCGUUCCGCAAGUUAUAAACCUCAGUGACCCGUCUCGGCAGCAUGGAAGUGGCCACCACUAUGUCGACACACAUCCGGCUGUCGGCACAGAUCAUCUGAUAUUCCCACCGCAUCACCAUCAUUCAGGGAACCACACAUCGGGGCAACACUAUCAUAACCGCAGUCCCUAUGUGGUCAACCUGAACGAGCCACUGCGAGCUCGCCACCCAGGCCCCACUGUAGGCGAACGUGUUCGUCGCUUCUUCGGCUUUCCCCCUGAACACUACGCGAACUACGUUGAUGUUCGUACGGGACACUUGGUCGACUGGCGUGGCAGGCCCAUAUUCCAAGUAUGA